UCGUCUCGUCUCGUCUCGCUUCGUUUCGUUUCGCUUCGUUUCGUUUCGUUUCGUUUCGUUGUCUCCCACGCUGUUUUUGUUUCGGCCAGCAACACUCUCUAGUACCAGGUUCUCUGCCGCUUCGUGCCCUCUUGCCAAAAGCCUUUCGCAUCCCUCAACCCGCCAUCAUGGCUGACCUGCGAUCAGCGUCGUCCUUGUCGACCUCUCCUGUCGAUCCAAAGUGGACCGCCGCAAAGGCCCUGGACUCGCUGUCGUCCCUCGCUACGUCAGCCUCGCUGCCGACAUCCUCUAUACCAGCCUCCGCACCCGCCGACCAGCCCGCGGCCACCCUCCUCAGCCCAACACAGUCCUCGGCCCUCGCCGCACAUCAAUUGACCAUGCUCGCCAACCCAUCGGGCUCCAGCCCCAGCUAUUCGCCGCUUCCAAAGUCACGGCCUUCCUCCGGCAGCAACUUCCUGGCCUCACACUCCACGCCAUCCUCGGCUGCUAUCCUGUCGCAAAUCAAGGAGGCUGUCAAGCAAGGGACCUCGGGCUCGGGCACAGGAACAGGCUCGGUCUCGACCACCCGUUCGGUCCUCUCGUCGUCGCUUUCGCAAAGCCUGCAUUCGUCGACGGCAUCGCCAUUCUCGACCCAUCACGGCCACUAUUCCUCCGCGGCCUCGGCAGCCAAGCCAGAUCACUCGCUGUCACUCAACUCGUUCUCGGCGCUGGGGGCUCUACUGACCUCGGUCCCCUUGGUGAUCGAAAAUGCCUUGGACUCGCUCUCGGCGGACCAGCUGGAUCAGCUCCACUCGCUGGUCGUCAAGGCCCGUGAGAAGCGCAACUCGCGGGCCGUCUCCGAGGCAAGCUCACAUGCCUCGUCGUCGCCGGGCACGUCCAAUCCUGCCGAUGUCCUCCGCGCAUCAGCCGCCUCGUCGCUCGCGGCGACAAGCAAAGCUGCUCCCCUGACGCCCAAGCUGCACGGCAUUGCCUCGCCCGGCCCAGAGGGAUUCGGCCAGGACCGGUUCCAGCGAUCGCCGUCGGCAUCAUCGCUGCGAUCCAAACGACCACCUGGCUCGCCCGUCAUCGGCGGCUCCAAGCCCUCGUCGCCCAAUCCUUCGCUGCGGACGCCCACGCGCUCCCGGGAGGCCCUCCUCGACGGCAGCAGCAGCAACGGUGGUGGUGCCAAUGCAGCGGGGGUCUUUCUCGACAAACUGCCGGCGCGGAUACCCACGACUGAUCUGGAGCACGUCGUCGAUCCCACGCCCAUUCCCAACAACGGCACCAAGACGGCCACGGUGCCGGCCACCAUCCCGAUCGUCGAGUACAAGGACGGAAUCGAGUGGAUCACGUUUGUAUAUACCCACAAGGGCCUCUCGACCACGUACCACAUCCGCACUGACAUCGACAACCUCUCGAACGAGGUGCUGACGGAAGAGUUCAAGCUCAACAACUGCGUCUAUCCGCGCGCCUACGUCCCCAAGGAGGCCUAUACGGGCAACCGCUACGAAUACGAGAACCAAGUCAAUGCCAUUGGCUGGAAGCUGACCUAUCUCAACUACGAUGCCCUCGCCACGAAGCGCGGCCUGAUCCAGCGCGCCGUCGAUAGCUUCCGCAACCGCUUCCCCGAGCUCCGGUCGCGGCGGGUCGUGCGGCAGGAGAAGCUGGUCAAGGGCACGCUGCGGAAGCGAAGCGAUCGGUCCUCGGGCGUCGACUCGGCCCCAGGCAGUCCCGUGCCAGGCGAUAGCGGCGUGCGGAGAGCAGCCAUUGUGGUCAAGCAAGAGCUGCCACGCAAGGGGAUCGCCAGGAACGGCCGGGCCUCGGGUGGCCAACAGCUCGACGACAGCCACGACGAGGACGAGACCGACAUCGAGCCGGACGAACGCAGCUUCAAGCGCAUGAAGUCGGGCGAGUUCCUGUCCUUUGAGGUGAUUGCGAACGGCGCGCCGACGCAGGUUGAGAUCCAGGUCGACAUUGACGACAUCAACACCGACGAGCUGGAGUUUGACUUUAAGCGCAUCAACGCCGUCUACCCGCGGUCGGUCGAUCUCCCCGCGGGCCAGCGCGGGCCCCGGUACGACUACGAGAAUGCCUUGAACGAGCUGGGAUGGAAGCUUGCUCUGCGGAAUCCGUCCAAGCUGAGCGGCAACAAGGUUGUGCUGCAGAAGGCGCUGGAUGCCUAUCGGCUCCAGUUCACCGAGCUCAAGCCCAGGGCCGGGAAGCGUCUGUGCCAGCCCGUCUCCAGCCACCAAGGCUAUGCGAGCGAGCACUCUGAUGGCGCCCACGACUACCAGACGCCCAAGUUGGAGCCCUACAGCGACGGCCACGACCCUCUGUCGGACCGGGAGGACGACCACGAUGUGCACGGACGAGGCCGCCUGGGGUCGCUCGACGGCUCUGGCUCGGCGGCGCUUCAGCUGCUGCACUUUUCUCACUCUCGGGACCACUCCCGAUGACCGAGGGGGGACCCAACCCAGCAGCGCCAGCUGCCGAUGACCGACGCAGCUUGAUCGACAUCCGGGCCGAUACCUGCCAUCGCCGAUGAGUUUGUUACGUGUUUGCUGAUUUCGACGGAAGGGUGUUGUCCGCUGGCACCGCCGAUCUGCCCCGCCCCGGUGCUUUCUUGGAUUGUUCUUGUGG